AUGACCUUAAGCUCAGUCAUGUCUCUAUUCCUUAAUCUCCCCUUCGAGCUCCGAGCUCUCAUCAUCGAACACGUGCUCUACACCCCGCUCAACCCGCCUGUGACUCCACUUGAAUCUGAGGGCAUGGAAUACCAUGACCUAGAAUACAGGGCAUGGCAGGGCGGAGGCGGCAAAGCUUAUUACCACAAGCAGCAGAACAAGACUACAUCUGCAGACAGUCUACCGCUCCUUCUCACAAGUCGUCAACUCUCAACCGAGACUCAGGCGAUUCUUGGACACAGAAACAGAAAGAUCGAUUAUAUCCUUGAUGUUUCAGUCAGGAAUGAUUUGGAUCUGUUUUUGACGUGGUUGUCCGUGCCAUGUCUGACGACUCACGUAUCGACUCUCUACGCGAACGUCCGUCUUUUCGGACACAUUAUUGAGAAGCGCACUGUCCGUAAUCAACUCGGUGAUGGGGGUCGGCUGGGAUUCCACUGGUUAUUCUAUGCUGCGCUAGAGCGGUUUCUCCGGUAUGGUCCUGUUGGCAAAAAGAAGCGCAAAGGAGAAGAGGAGCCCAAGCCAUCUGGAUAUCGAUAUCGUCGAAAUAUCCAAGAAUUCGAGGAUCGCGAGAUAUUGAUCGACACACUUAUUCUCGAUUUCAGCUCUGCAGAAACAGAGCUCAACUUCCCACCAGAAGAUAUCGAAUACAAGCACUGGUCAUGGCGCCAUUGGGGUCGUGAUCGGCUUCCGAGGGACCAGGGUGUAAUCCCCGAAAACUUGUCAUCAUAUACGUCGCGCCCGGAGUGGCUCUGCGAGUAUCUGCGGGGCUGGAUAAGUGGUCUUCUUGCUAUGAGUUAUCAUACCUCCGCGUAUGGAAUGCCUCUGUAUGAGCAAAUUGGCACUAUCAGGAUGCUUGUUGAUGGAGAGUUACACAGUGAAUUUGAUCUUACUGCUCGGCUGGAUCGUCUACGGUUUAUUGAUGUUCAUAGCACCAUGGGUCAUUUGUCCAGGGAUGAGAGAGAGGCUGGAUUUGCGAAAUGGAAGAGCGAGACGUUGGUGAGGAGGGAGGCUCAGGGGUUUCCUGUGAAGCAGACAUCGGGUGGUGAAGGGCAGGGAGAGGUCGAUAAAAAUACGUGGAUUUGA